AUGAGGACUAUCACGUUUGACGACACUAAGCAGCAAGCUACAGUCCAGUUCGGUCAAACACUAGGUCCUCUGGCUCUUGUGCUGGGACAAAGAGGCUAUGCGUUACCGCAUGGCACAUGUUCCGGAGUUGGGAUAUCUGGCCAUAGUUUGGGUGGUGGCUGGGGGUUCACAUCACGCAAGUGGGGUUGGUUGUUGGAUCACGUUGUGUCUGUGGAGUUUGUUGACAUCACAGGUAGUAUCCGAACGCUAGGCCCUAUGUCAACGGGUGAGGAUGCUGAACUGUGGUGGGCACUUAGAGGUGCGGGUUCCAAUAAUUUUGGGAUCGUAACCUCGUUUACAUAUGCCUUGGAGGUAGCUCCUCCCACCGUCGUGAACUACGGAAUGAGAUUUGCUACAAAUAAGGACUGCGUACAUGUCCUUCUAGCCCUGCAGGAGCUCGGGGGUCUCGAUGCCAACGACGAUCCUAAUGGCUUUCCGCCUGAACUGGGAGGGCAACUUAUUAUAAUGGGACGUCGCGUGAAUGACGCAAGUGUCUGCCAAUUUACUGGCCAGUAUUUAGGCAGUAAAUACAACUACACUACUGUCAUCGACAGGCUUCUUGCAAAACUUUCUAGCCGCGGAGUAAAACCACUGGAGCCUGAAGAGUCAUAUAUACGUGAAUUCCAUACUUGGAACUUGGCCCUCACAGAUUUAAUGGGACCUUUGGAAGCCUCAAGCGUUCCGCUGCCUUAUUAUGCACAGUCUCUUUUAGACAACGGCCGCCCUAAUUAUACGUUCGACGAAGCUGAUUCAAUAAUAAAUGCCUUACAGACUGCCAUAGGCAUCGAAGGAACCUCGAGCCAUAUGUCCUUUGAUCUCAACGGUCCAGGCUCAAGGACAAAUCUCGAUCCAGCUACUGGGGAUAUGUCAUUCAUCCACCGUCGGAGCCUCUUUCUAACACAGGUUUACUCCGUCCAGUUCCCCGGGUUUGAGAACGUCACAGCGCGUGCCGUUGCAUUGGACAAGAUUCGCGCUGUAAUUGAUACUAUGAAGCAGACCAGCCCUGACAGUGACUGGCACGCGUAUCAGAAUUAUAUCGACCCAUAUUUGAUAUCAUUCGGGAGGGCGUAUUAUGGUUUCAACCUGGAUCGGUUAAAGUUGCUCAAGCGAGCUCUAGAUCCGCACACUGUUUUAGACUUUCCUCAGGGUCUUGCUCAUGCUUAA